AUGGACAUCCUAAUGACAAAUAUGACUGAAGCUGAUGUGAAGGAUGUGCUUCUCUGCUUCCCACACCAGCCCGACUCCUGUCCCAGGGUGCAUCGCUUUUCUGUGCUUAAAUUCAUGAUGUAUGCUUUUAUGCUGGUCACUAUUUUUAUGACUGUCUUCGGGAACCUGCUGGUCAUCAUCACCAUUUCCCACUUUAAACAGCUGCAUUCACCCACGAACCUCAUCAUCCUCUCUUUAGCACUGGUGGACUGUAUGAUGGGCUGUCUGGUCAUGCCCUUCACUAUGGUGAGAUGGGUGGAAGGCUGCUGGUUCUUGGGAGAUUUCUUUUGCCAAAUACAUUCUAGUUUGGACAUGACUAUAAGUAUUGCUUCUAUCCUGCACCUGUGUCUGGUGUCUGUUGACAGGUACGUGGCCAUUUGUGAGCCUCUGCAGUAUCGAAUGAAGGUGACGAACAGUAAAAUAGCAGUGUGUCUCAUCACCAUGUGGCUGUUUUCACUGACAUUUAGCUUUGGGAUUGUGAUUUCAAAAGUUAACACUCUGGGUUUGGAGACAAUGAUCAGUUCCUGUGUUGGAUACUGUGCUUUGACUUUUAACAGACAGUGGACUCUUGUUGCUUCAGUUGUGGCUUUUUUCAUUCCGGGCACCAUCAUGAGCUCCUUUUACUUGAAAAUCUUUUUUGUUGCACGAAAACAAGCGAAAGUGAUGUCUGAGAGGACAGCGGUGGUAAAGCCCAGUGAGACGAGCCAUUCCUCAGAGCAGAGGGAGAGGAAGGCAGCCAAAACUCUGGGCAUUGUUAUGGGUUUUUUUCUUCUCUGCUGGCUGCCGUUUUUUAUGGCCAAUCUGAUCGACCCAUUCCUUAACUUCAUGACCCCUGUCGACGUGUUUGAUGCUCUGAUAUGGUUGGCCUAUUUCAAUUCCAUGUGUAACCCUCUGAUCUAUGGCUUUUUCUAUCCACGCUUCCAGAGAGCUUUCAAGAUCAUCAUCUCAAGAUAUGUUCUCCGCCUCAGUGACGCAAACAACUUAAUACUUUGA